AUGCGAUUAGAUAUUAAUUUAGAUGAAAUAAUCGCAAAAGUAUCCACCGGCUACCGCCUGCCCAAUCCUUCAGAACUUGGUUUUCCUUGUGAGAAGGCUGCGUAUAAUCUCAUGCUUGCCUGCUGGUCCGGCGAACCCGAGGUCAGACCCAGCUUCCGGGAUAUUUGUUUCCUCCUCAAGGACAUUUUCAGUGAAGAUGAGGACAUCUACGCUUCCCUCGAUUGA